AUGGAAAAAGAAAUUGAAGAAAUAUCAAAAGACAUAUUAAAAGAAAUUGUUCAAAAUUUAUUGGAUUUUCAUAAUGACAAUGAUUGUGGGAAUUUUAUUUUUUCUAAAAAUAAAAAUGAAGAAGAAAAAAAUAUUAUUGGUAAUGAAAGUUUUCGAAUGGUUACUUCUACGCCUAAAAAAACGACAUCUGAACUUGUAUGUGAUUCGAUAUUUUUUGAAAAAGAAUCUCGUUUUAAUAUUUCUAAUUCGUCCAUCUUAAAUAAAUCCGAAGAAAAAAACGAGUAUUUAAAUAAAACAAUUGAUGAAGCAAUAGAAAAAUACGAAAAUGAAAAUGAUAAUUAUAAAGAAGCAUUUGUAUGA